CCAGGCUAAUGAAAUAAUACUGACAAAUGUAGAGAUCAUGUAAAAAAUUGAAGAAUAUAAUGAACAAGACUGAUGUAAUACUGGACGAAUGUUAUAAGGAAACAUUAGCACGUGUCAGGCCUUAUGUAUUAGAAUUGUCGUCUGCAGAAAGUGCACAGUUAUGCAAGGUUUGGCUUAAUAAAUUAAACGCUGCUUCCUCGCAGCGUCGUUUGAGAAACGAAUAUCUUUUGGAAUUGUACAGGCAGCUGAAAACAGGUCACAUAAAAGGAAUUUUCAGUAGGCCUCCGUGUAAUGGACUUCUUCUACCAUUACCUAAGCCCCAUCAUACGGUCUGUAUUAGUUCAUCGGUAAGUGAUCUAUCAGAUUGUGCCAUGAAAUCUCAUCGUAAUUGUUUAAGGCCAAGUGCAAAAUGUGUUCAACAUCAACGAAGUAAUGCAUUGAUAAAACACCAUAUGAUGGAUAUGAGGAAACUACAGGCACAGAAUGAAUAUUUAAAAAAUCAGUUGGUAGAAUAUCGGGGGAAUCAUAAUGGAAAUGCGGAUAAUUAUUUAUCCGCAAGUGUCAGUCGAUUAACUGCUGAUGUAAUUGCUUUAAAAGCUAAGUUGCCAGAGGUGCAGAAAAUAAAAAAUUAUUUAGAGGAAAGUUACAAAGAAACUAUACAAGAGUAUCAUUAUUCAGUUGUAGAACAGUUUACUAAAUUAAAGCAUCAAUUAGAGGAUGAGCGAAUGAAGAACGAGACACUGAAUAACAGCAUAAUUAUGAUAAGUGAAAAGUUAGAAGAAAUCAUCCAUGGUAAGGAUAUAGGAAUUAAAGAGAUGGAGAAACAGUGGAUGGACAAAAUUAAUCUGAUAUGCGAACGAUUUGAUGCGCUAACAAGAGAAAAGGAUAAAGAGCUGCAACAGAAACAAGAUUUACUUGAAAAGAAAGACGCUGAACUGUUAAAGAAAGAUGCGGGAAGAAAAGAAGAAAUUGAAACGUUGAGCGAUAAAAUUUCUGAUUUAGAAGCAAAAUUGGAAACCAAGAUUAAAGAUGGGGAUAAAUUGCAGGCAAUGUUAAUUGAGCAAUAUACAACAAUGAAAGAAGAAUUCAGCAAAAUGAGAAUUGAAAUAGAUCACGAAAGUCAAAAGCAAAAUGAACACUUAAUGUCUAAAGUUUCUGCUUUGAAGAAAGCUGUUAUGAAGCUUGAAAAGUCGAAAGAGAGAUUGGAGUACGAUUAUGAGAAGAAAAUGUCGAACAUAAUCAAGAACAAGGAUAUAGAAAUAAAAACCUUACAACUACGAUUACAAGAACAGAAAAAUGAGUUAUGUACGUAUUUGAAUAGAAAAAAGCAAAGUGAAAUGGACAAAGUUGUUGGCUUGCUAGAAGAACAGUAUAGAACGCUUCUAGCAGAAACAGAGGCUAAAGCAGAAUGUCAGACCCAGGAGUAUCUCAGGGUACUAUACAUCAGAAAUGUUAUUUUAAAUGUAAAGUUUUACUUUCUAAUUCAAAGUAUUGAAAAUUGUAGAGAAUAGCUGCCCUAGAAAAUCAAAUACUUCAUAUGAAGAAUGUUCGACUGGAGUCUAUAGAACAGUAAAGUAGCUUAUAACACAUCAUAAUUGUAUAUCAUGCUUCUUCAUAAUAAAUAGCAUGGAAAUAGUAGCAA